AUGAAUUAUAUAUUACUCUCGUCGUUCUAGGUAGAGCAUAAAAUUGACUAGCAUAAUCCACUCUAACAAAGGAUGCAUCGAUGGAUACGAUGCCUGCUUUUUGGUGGCUAUCUCUGUUUCCUCGUGGAUGGAAUUUGUCGAAGGAUGGAAUUCCUAGAUUGCAUUCAAGACAAGUACAUGAACGGGACUCUUAUCAGGACCUACACUACCUCUGAAGACUUAUGUGAAAUCAAAUGCUUCAAGGAGAUCGCAUGUCUGUCGUAUAACCUCGGCCCGAUUGAUUCCCAGACUGGAAUGAGAUUGUGCGAGUUGAACUAUGCCGAGACCUCGACCAGCGCAUCGCCACCUGUGGAUAAGACUGGUUUUAUGUACUGUCAAGCUUCGAGUGUUUGCUCCUCAAAUCCAUGCGAGGCACCACUUUCUUGCACUCCAAGCUUCGUGGCGCCACAUGAUACACCCGUUUGCAUACAAUCAUGUACGACACAAAGACCCCUUGGUAUGGAAUCGGGAGAGAUCCCAGACCCCUCUGUCACUGCGUCUUCUUAUUGGUACAAUACAAGUGACCACGCCCCUUGGCUCGCAAGACUCCAUGGCACACGCCCCGUGGGUUCCUGGUCUUCGCAAUACUAUAAGGAAGGAGAGUAUCUACAAGUAGAUGUUGGACGAGUUGUACAUCUUACGAUGGUUGCUACUCAAGGUCGACUCACAUUACACCAGUGGGUGACAGUAUUCGAGCUAGCCUAUAGUGCCAGCGGUAACUCCUGGAGCACCUUUCAUGAGAACGGACAAAUAAAGAAGUUCCAAGCUAAUAAAGAUAGUGACACCGAGGUACCGCAUCCCCUCGGAGACGGAGUUAGCGCAAGAUAUGUGCGCUUUGUAGCCAUAGAGUGGCACCACCACAUCUCCAUGCGCGUGGAGCUAUAUGGCUGCGGUUAGGAAGACAGAGAUGGCCGCAGCGUCACCAGUUUACUUCCGGUCGAUUACGUAGCAAUUUCCGGAAAACGCGAAAAAUAUUUCAAAAUAUUGAAAGCAGUGUGUCAAUUGGAAAUUUCUUUGAGGGUGUGAUCGAUAAAUUAGAGCAGAUGGCUUGUUAAAUAUCUCGGAUUCUAAUGGAUUCUUUUGUCCUUUAACGGUUGAGGUUUCCGUCGGACCUCCGGAAGUAAACUGGUGACAAUGCGGGACUCAUACCCAGUCGUUAUUUGCUGUUGCGGGGACAUCCACAGGAACCCUGGAGAGGAAACGGAAAAAGAAUAAGCGAAUUCCGACCCAAAACGGCUUCCUGACCGUCAUGCACCGUGCGCUAAUUCGAUCUCUCCGUAAUGCAUCGCGCUGCGUCUGGGUACGAGACUGUGACAAUGCGGAUUUAAAUGUCUCGUCAAAUACGAGACAGGAACAAAUAUGUGUCCGCUUUACUUUUUUGCACCACUAUAGCGACUCUACUUUUUUAACAUAAUGAAGUUGGGAAAACCUGACUUACUCUCCUAGAAUCGAAACUAUUCAAACUACUUUAUUUCUUGCAGAAUUUUUGUUAGAUUAUGCCUUCUGCCGGAAAUAAUGUUUUGUCUGUUUUUAAGGUAUAAAAUAAGGGAUGACAUUUCUGAUUAAUAAAGCUGCACAUGUCACGCUUUCCGCACAAGGUUUGCAUUGAAAUAAAGAUAACUCGUUGCAAAUAUCAAUCUUAAGGUGAUUCGAUACAGUUUCCCGAACGCCCAACCAUCCUGUCAAUCACAACUCGUAUCUUCUGCCACAGGGAUCGGAUCAUCAAACUAUUUGGCCAUGCCAUGUAGCUAGGAAUGAACUUUAUGAAAAUGUAACAUUUGUUUACAUUGCUGUUUCUAUGGCAACGGAACGGCGAACCCGUUAAAUUCACUAUUCGCGAAGUGCUGUUCGCUACAGGGAUUUUUUAACAAAUAUGCUAUAGGAUGUUGUACAUCAGACCUUAGAGGAAGUUUUAUUAAAAUGGCGCUUAAAAUGCUCAUUUUCAAAAAAAUCUACUCGCUUACAUACAACCCUUCAACGGAGCUUAAAGUUAACCCGAAUGUUUCUCAAUAUAUUAAAUUUUAUUCUACAAAAACGACGAAAAAUUUAUUUGGGCGAAAUUUAAUUUGGCGGCCAAAAAGCACAAAAGUUCAAUUUCUUCAUUUUGAAAGUAUCAUAUAGUCCCCGGAAUGGCCCCUAAAACUUACGAUCAACAAAACCGAUUUGCUUUCAUUUUUGGUAUGUUAUUAAAAAUAAAAAGUAGCUAGAUAAUAAUGGUAAAAAAUCCUUGCCCGCGUAUGGAUUUUUUUCAGGUGCGAAUUUCAAAGUAGGUAAAUAACAGAGUGACUGAUGAAAAUAAAAAUUCCAUAAUCAUAUAGAUUUUAAUAAAACUUCCUCUAAGUUUCGAUCAAGGUCUGAUGUACAAUAUCCGAUAGCUUAUUUAUUUAAAAAUUACCUGUAGCGAACAGCACUUCGUGAAUGGUGAAUUUAACGGGUUCGCCGUUCCGUUGCCAUAGAAACAGCAAUAUAAACAAAUGUUACAUUUUCAUAAAUUUCAUUCCUAGCUACAUGGCAUGGCCAAAUAGUUUGAUGAUCCGAUCCCUGUAGCAGAAGAUACGAGUUGUGAUUGACAGGAUGGUUGGAGAUUCGGGAAACUUAUCGAAUCUCCUUAAACUUUGAUUGCACAAAAAUAAAAGUGAUGAGUAAAUGUGAGACGGUUAGUGUUAUAAUUACUGCUCGCGUUUUAAAGAAUGUUGAUUACCCACUCCUUUGUUGAUGUUUAUCAUUGAGAAUAAAUCUGUUUAUUUGCAAGAAAAUUAAAAUAACCACCCAAGA